ACAAGUGGCAUUACUACUUUUUUUGCCCCAGCUUCUGUGUGUGGCAUAACAGCACAAGAGGCCAAGGUACAUAUGAAAAGUAAAAAGCUUGUGAUAACGUUUGUUUGCAUUUUGCGUAACAUUGUAGGUUAUUAUAAUAAUAAAAAAGUAACAAAACACUUAAUACUGCAUGGAAUGUUUAUAUGAUUUGGUGCUUAAAUUCAUCCCUUUCUGUUGCAGACAAGGAGAGCUGAAGUAAAAGUGGCUGUGGCAAUGGUGCAGCAUAAUGUACCAUUUGCUGUCUCUGACCAUUUCAGCCCAUUAUUAAAGGAGUGCUUCAGAGAUUCCACCACAGCACAAAAUUUCAAAUGUGCCAGCACGAAAACAACGUGCAUAAUAAAUGAAGCAGUGGCACCUCAUUUUAGGAACAAAUUGGUCAUGAAGAUGAGGGACAAUCCAUUCACCUUGAUCACUGAUGGGUCAAAUGAUACAGGACAAGAGAAGAUGAACCCGCUCACUGUGCGAGUUUUUGACAGUGAUUCUGGAAAAGUUGUCCAUAGAUUUUUGGAUAUGUGCACAACAAGUGGGCGUAGCUGUGGCACAGCGGAAGUAAUCUUCCAAAAAAUGAACGAGGUCUUACAGAAACACGCCAUACCUUGGGGAAAUUGUGUUAGCUUAUCAAUUGACAACGCACCUGUGAAUACAGGAGCAAGAAAUUCCAUUGCAUCCAGGAUUCUGAAUGAAAAUGCCAACACAUACAUCCAUGGGUGCCCCUGCCACAUUAUCCACAAUACCGCCAAAAAAGCUGGACUGAGGUUUUUGGAAGUGACUGGAUUUGAUCCAGAGGAUCUGGCUGUGGAUGUUGGAUACUGGUUUAAGGGUAGCACCAACCGUAAGGGUUACCUGUCAGAAUUCUGUGAGUUCCAUGGAAGCGAGUACAUGGAAAUACUUCAACACAUUUCCAUUCGUUGGCUGAGCCUGGAGAGGUGUUUGACUCGCCUUCUGCAGCAGUAUGAGCCACUCACCAGCUACUUCAAGUCAUUAAAUGAGAAACAACCAAGGUUUAGAAGGCUGGUGGGUGCAUUUUCUAACCCAUUAACAGAGGUGUACCUCCUCUUCUACCAAGCAACAUUGCCACCCUUCUCCACCUUAAACCUCCUACUCCAGAGAGAGAAGUCCUCAAUCUUCCUUCUACAUGAAGAGAUGACAAAGUUAAUCCGCAAGUUGUGUGCAAAGUUUCUGAAGCUAGCAGCACUGCAGAACCAAGGAGUUCAUGACAUCCAAUACAAGGACCCAUCAAACCAACUGCCAGGAGAAAAGCUGAACAUUGGCUUCAUUACUCGAGCUACCCUCAACAGGCUCCUUGAUGCGGGAGACAUUACCCCACAGCAGGUGGAGAGGUUCCAGCAGGCUGCGCUGGCAUUUCUGUUAAGGGCUGUGGAGUAUGCCAUGAAUAAGCUACCCCUGAGAGAGACCCUGCUCAAACAUGCUAAGUUUGUUGAUGUCCAGCAGAGGACAGAGUGUGGAGUGGAAGAUGCUCUGUACUUUGUUGAAAGGUUUCCUGAACUGCUUCCAUUCCACGGACCCCAAGAGCACGAUCAGCUCAGUGAGGAGUUCCUGGACUAUCAACUGAUGGACAUCCCUAUGCCCCAAGACCCAGCCACGUUUGACACUGAGGCUUUCUGGGGGAAUAUGUCAUCACUGAAGAACAGGGUGACUGGUUUGAGCAGAUUUGGACGGCUGUCUGAGAUUGCCAAACUGGUGUUAGUGCUUCCACACUCCAAUGCAGAUGCGGAGAGAGUGUUCUCCAUGGUGGGACUGAACAAAACCAAAACAAGGAACAGUUUGGCCCUGGAUGGAACGCUCUCAUCCAUCAUGACUGUGAAAAUGGCUGGCCUUGAGCCACAGUGCUUUAAAUGGGAGCCCCCUAGCUCUGUCAUCAAGGCAUCAAAAUCUGCUGCAAACACUUACAACACAAAACACCAUUCAUAAACUGAAAUCCACACACACACACACACACACACACACACACACACAAAUGUUGAGCACUGCUGUUGUGAAAAGUGUCUUACUUAUUAUCCAUUUGUUGUUGGGUUUUUUUCUUAAAUGUAUUAAUAAAACAAUUUAUUUUAUUUAGCUGGAUUUGUCUUAUUGGAUUAACCCAUUCUUUUCAUUUUUAUUUAUGCUGGUCAAUUAUAAAACAGUAUGUAAACUUGAACUGGUUUUUAAGUAGCAAAAAUAAUUGGGAGUCUAGAUUGGGCCGAGGGGCCGCUGCGGCCAAAACACACAGAAUUUCAAAUCGCACCAGCCCUAAUAGAUGUAAUCUCACUCCAAACUUUUCAUGAAACUUGA